AACCCUCCCCUCCGGAUAACAUUCACAAAGCCGGUUGACCGUCGUUCCGUCUUGUUUCCUCCUUUCUUUUUCUUCCUCUCUGUUUCUCUCACCUUCCCGGCCCGCCACCGCGUGGAAGUGGGGAAUCGCACACCCUGACCCACAAGUAGGCCCUGAUCUCUACCCAGUCGGUGCCCAUCGAACAAGCCGAGGUAGGCGAUGUGGGUCCGUACCGAGCAACAUUGUGAACAUCGUUGAACUCUCAGCGGUGAAGAGAGACAGUUUGACACGUACGUGAUCGGGACGUCGCGCGAAGAAACAGUGCACCGAUAUUGGAGACAAUUUUCUUUUUCUUCGUUCCUUUUUUUCGCCGUUUCUCUCGAUCGAAGAAAAAAACGGAAACGACUAGAGGGAGACUGAAAAUGAUAUUGAGAGCCGCCCCCGGGGGCAUCGUCCUUCUGCUCGCGCUCAUCGGAUUAGUUGGCGGGCAGGAUGAUGAUUCCUUGGCUAGUACCUUCCUGUCAGGUUUCUUAAAUUCUUUAACAAGCACGGCGAAGAUCGCCGACUGUCCGGGAGUAUGCGUGCAUGCGUUAGCGACGUUAAUGUGCGACGAUGUCCUCGAGGACGUACAAUGUCCCACGACGAGUAUGCGAUGUUGCCUGCAGGAUCCAAUAAAUGGCACUAGCUCGUCCGAAAAUGCGAUCGAUGACGAAGAACCUACCUCAACCACGUCCACGACGGUCGUCAAGAUCACGACGAUUUCUACAACGCCCGCGACAACUACCACGAUGCUCAGUACGUCGACUUCCGUCUCUUCGGCAAAAACUACACCGGAAAGCUACAACGAGACCAGCGAGAAGUUAUCAAUGAAAGCUUGUUCAGGUAUUUGCAUGGCCGAAAGAAUCGCAGAUUAUUGCGAUGCUGUGCUAGUGAUAGACACCCUCUGCAAACCGGGCUACAAGUGCUGCGUAUCCAGGGAUGCUUUCGGAGACACUCCGCCACCCGAGCUCCUGGUGAUUGACCGGCUCAACUCCUCCCGUUAUGACGAGAAGAACGGUGGCGGAGCUCCCAACAAGGUUUUGUCCCCAUCGACAACAAUACGGCCGAAAACGUCUUCGUCGACGAACAUCUCUGCAACCGCCACCGCGAUCGCGACGACAAUGACGACUACGACGACGAUGAUGUCAACGAUUAUGGCUGCUACUAGACAGCCGUCGACGGCAACAACGACAGCGAGGCCAAAACCAGUGCCGUUCAAACCGUGCAAAGGAAAGUGCACGAGCGGUCUGCCUGCCCUCUUUUGCGAGAACAUCGACGGCGACGCGGAUUGUCCUCCCGAUGACUCUGUAUUGACGGUUUGCUGCAUCAGCGAACCGCAAAAACCGGAAACGACAACGACAAUCCGGCCAUCCACGAAAGCUCCUCAAGCAAAGUUACCGCCGUGCCCUGGUUUUUGCCUGUUAACUCUCAUGGCAGCUUUCUGCGAGCGACCUAAUGUGAUUAUAGCGAAAACGUCAACCUGCCAGUCCGGCUCCAUCUGCUGCGAUAAUACAAAGAGUCCACCUCAGACGCCGAGACCAAGGCCGAGACCGACACUGCGACCGCCGACAGUAUCAUUACCACCAGACCCACGUCCGGAUUGUCCAGGUUCCUGCAUCGUAUCAUACUUGUCGUUUACCUGUUUCAACAACGCCGAGCUGACGAACUUGUUCAAGUGUAAGAAACAGGGACAUCAAUGCUGCGCACCGAAAUCUUUGAUAAGGGAGUUCCAUGGUGGAAAUUCUACAGAGCCGGUUCUGUCAAAUAGAAACGACACGUUUUAUGUUACCUCGCAACCUUACACCACCCCGCUCUCUACGUCGUAUGAGACGACGACGGUCACCACUACCACUAGAAGUCCGAUGUACAAUAAGUACGUUUGUGGCGUGAAAGGAACUUCACGCGGCCCGAUUCAGGCACGGAGCUCCGAAAGAGUCGCGCGUGUUGUAGGUGGCGAGGAUGCGGAUGCUAACGAGUGGUGUUGGCAGGUUGCUUUGAUAAAUUCUCUCAAUCAAUAUCUAUGCGGAGGCGCACUGAUUGGGACCCAGUGGGUCCUCACCGCAGCGCAUUGCGUCACAAACAUUGUGAGGUCUGGUGACGCGAUCUACGUGAGGGUGGGUGAUCACGAUCUCACCCGUAAGUAUGGAAGCCCAGGUGCUCAGACCUUGCGCGUUGCAACAACGUACAUCCACCACAAUCACAACAGCCAGACGCUCGACAACGAUAUUGCUCUGCUGAAGCUUCACGGUCAAGCUGAGCUGAAGGACGGUGUCUGCUUAGUAUGCCUGCCGGCACGGGGUGUUAGUCAUACGGCUGGCAAAAGAUGCACUGUUACUGGUUACGGAUAUAUGGGAGAAGCCGGUCCUAUACCCCUUCGGGUACGCGAAGCUGAAAUACCGAUCGUCAGUGAUGCCGAAUGCAUAAGAAAAGUAAACGCCGUGACUGAAAAGAUCUUCAUUUUACCAGCCAGCAGUUUCUGCGCCGGCGGCGAACAGGGAAAUGAUGCGUGUCAGGGCGAUGGUGGAGGUCCUCUGGUAUGUCAAGACGACGGUUUCUACGAACUGGCCGGACUAGUGUCCUGGGGAUUCGGCUGCGGACGUCAAAACGUGCCAGGUGUAUAUGUAAAAGUCUCUUCAUAUAUUGGCUGGAUAAAUCAGAUUAUAUCGUACCUUCACGCGCUUGAUGAUUUAUAGUGCACUAUGCCACACAUAUGAUAGUGGCAAAAAGACACGUAGAGUUAAGCUCGGAAUUGGCUACAUAUUGACAUUACAAACAUGUUCGUUUUAACAAAUAUAUAACUUAUAUAUAUCAAUCACGAAACAGAGAGAAAUAAUUGGUAUGUAUAAAACGAGUUGAUAUAAAAUAAAUUACUUUGUAUUUAUCUAUUACUCUUUAUUAUUCUAUUUGUUAAUGUUA